AUGUUAAGCAUUGGCCAGCAGGCGCCGCGCAAUGUCGUCUUGCCCACUCUCUCUCUCCUGCAAACACCCAAAACCCUUCCUCUCGUCCUCAGGUAUAUAUUCGACGUGUGCAGUGACGUCCUGGUGUACCUCGUAGCCUGGGUGGCCUUUUCCGAAGACUCGUUUGAAGAACGAUUUAUUGAUCCCGGAGAUUCAGGGAAAUUCAAGAGCAUCACCCUCACCGUCUUAGUCGUCGGCACCAUAUUCUCUGUCGUAUUCCACGUGCUGACUCCUGAGGACUCGAGCGGCAGGUGGUCGCGAGAUGACGAGGCCGAGAUUAUCACGCAGGAGGCCGGCACAGCGCAGACCUCGGGCGAAGACGCUGCAGAAGGGGACCGCGUCAGGAGACCGAGGGUGCAGAUGACGUGGCGCGACUGGCUGACCGAGCCGCAGUUCUAUCAGGUCUCAAUGUUAUACGCCUGUGCUCGCCUGGUGGCCAAUCUUGCAAACAUAUAUAUGCCAAUUUACCUGCAAGAGACUGUACAUGCAAAGGAGACCAUGAUCGCGCUCAUCCCUCUAGUGAUGAGUAUAUCUGGCGUCGGUGCUUCCUUCCUCCUCCGGCUGCUGAGGAAGGGGAUUGGCAAGAAGGCAGCGACGGUCGUGGGCAUCGUCGUGGGUCUAGUGGCGAGCACGGUGUCGGCCCUGCCCUGGAUGCCAAGCUGGGCACUCUUCUCCGUGGCCGUGCUGUGGGGCGUCUCCGGUUCCCUCCUGGUCAUCCUCUCGCUAACCUUCGCCGCAGAUUUGAUCGGACGCAGCACCAACAGCUCAGCUUUCGUGUACGGAAGUAUGAGUUUCGGAGACAAAGUGCUAAACGGCAUUGCUGUCUUCAUGAUCCAGGAACUGACUCGAGUGGCAUGCGACGGUCCCAACUGUUCCACCUACUACCGUCAUGUCAUGAGUCUUGGCAUCUUCAUUCCGCUACUCCUGGCAUUUGUCGCCAUUUGCAUUCUCUCUCGUGUCAAGUUGGGGCGCACGCGGAAACUCGUACAAGCUCAACAGGACGAGGAGGAGACAAGCGUGAGCUCAGUCCACUCCGAAUCGAGUGAAAUUCUUUUGUCUCCCGGGACCAACCUCGGCUAUGGGGCCAUUACCAAGGCCUAGACUCGUGAAAAUACAAUGGGAAUCGAGUCACUCAUUGCAGAUGCAUGGGUCUUUCCAGCAAUGUUUAUAUUUUAAUUUAUCAUGUCUUUUCAAUUCUGUAGUCAACGUUAUUCGAGAGAUUAGAGGCUGUUUUCUUAUUAUUUCGAAUCGGGUCCGUUGCGCAUUCGAAUCAGUAUUGAUUCGCAGUUAUUACUUCUUUUUUUAAGAUUUUGCCAUAUUUUUUUUCCUUUUGAUUUUAUUUUUCCGAGAGUUCUGUACAGUCUACAUUAUUCCCUAUAGAAAUAAAAGAAACACGAAGAAUCAAAAUUUUAAAAGCAAAGAUAAUAUGGUUUAUUAUAUUUAUUCUUUAUUAUUUAUUAUAUUUGUUAUUUAUUAUUCAUACUUUUGCAAAUGCAUAAAGAACAUCGCAUUCUUUCUUGGAUGCAUGGUUCCCCAUAGAAUACGUGGUAAGAAUAACCUUGUAAAUUUUGAAUACAUCAUAUCCUCAGUAACAUACGAAUCGUAGCAGUUUAACCGAUCAAAUCCAGUACAUAAACAAAACACACACACGCACACGCACACGCACACGCACACGCACACGCACACGCACACGCACACGCACACGCACACGCACACGCACACGCACACACACACACACACACACACACACACACACACACACACACACACACACACACACACACACACACACACAAUCAAAGACCGUGUUUCAUUAUCUGUUGCUUCAGAUUCUCUCUGGCUAAAAAAAAUAUGCAUUUCUCCCCUAAAAUUCAUUACAUUUAUUUCGAUUUAUUUUCUUCUAGAUUUUUAUUCUGUUUUUGUUCUAAGAUAAUUUUAUUUUCAAUUGAAAAAACAACAACAACAACAACAACUCUUACCUGCAUUUAGAAAUAGCAUUAUUUAUUAUUUAUUAUUUUCAGAUUUUUUUUGUUUUUUUCAUUCUCAUGUGCGAAUAUUUGCAAAAACGAUCGCUCAAGAUUUCUUUAUUCUUUCUUUAUAGAGAGAUCAGGGUAGAGAUCUCGGUAUGUCGUAUGUGUGUCAUAUGUUACGUCAGAAUGUACUUUUUUCUCUUUCUCACUUUCUCGCUCUUUCCCUCUUUUAUCCUCGUUAAGAAUGUUAUAAUAUAUAU